AUGGCUCAACCCGUGUCAUUUUCUCCUGCAUCUUGGAGAAUUUCUUCCAACUCUCCUAUGGUGAUCGAUCCUUACAAUCUUUCACUCGCGGAUCAAUCAGGAUUGAUUUUCGUCACUCAACAACUCGCUGAGGACAAUUAUCAUACCUGGAGUCAUGCCAUGCGUAAAGCCUUGAAUGCCAAGUGCAAGCUUAGGUUCAUCACUGGUUCGUUUCCUCCUCCAAAUUCAACCACUGAGCCAGAGAAAUUUGAGAACUGGCAAUGUGUGAACGAUGUUGAAUGCUUCCAGCAUGGUAAUGGUCCUCGUAUAUUUGAAUUGAAGCACGAGCUAAUGAAUCUGCAUCAAGGCACCAUGAACAUUUUUCAGUAUUUCACUCGAAUCAAAGUUCUUUGGGAAGAACUGAACACCCACAGGCCAAUUCAGUGCAACUGUGGAGAUACUCAGGCAAUGCGAGAGUUCCUCCAAUAUGAAUAUGUGCAUUGCUUUUUCAUGGGAUUAGACAAAUAUUUCUCGUGGCCAAAUUUUGCUUAUGGAAUCCCUACCAGCCAUUAA